CUCGCGGUGUAUUGUGGGACAGUGGAGCGGUGAAUGGUGAUUGACCUCACAACCGCUGAAAUGGAUGUAUUCUUAAUGAUCAGGCGUCAAAAGACCACAAUCUUCACGGACGCCAAAGAAUCCACAACCGUUUAUGAGUUGAAACGCAUCGUGGAGGGCAUAAUGAAGAGAUCGCCUGAGGAACAGAGACUAUACAAGGAUGACCAGGCGCUAGAUGACAGUAAAACACUAGGAGACUGUGGCUUCACAAAUCAGACAGCCAGACCACAGGCCCCUGGGACUGUAGGACUGGCCUUCAAGAUCAAUGAUGAUGCCUUUGAGCCCCUGCAAGUGGAGCCGUUCUCCAGCCCUCCUGAACUUCCCGAUGUCAUGAAGCCUCAGGACUCUGGCAGCACAGCCAAUGAGCAGUCAGUACAGUGAGCACGACUGCAUAAUGACUAGAGUAGCAUGAGUGUACUGAUACAACACGUCAGGAUGGAGCGAGUAUGAUUAUGGGGAUAUAAGAAACCAAAAAGAUCUCACCAGUCGCCACCCACCGCUGAACUAAAGCCAAUUACUAAAUGUCCAGAGAAGCAUCUAGAAAUAAGAUUACUGUUGUUGUUGAUACGUCUGUUUACUUCAUUAUCUGGACUGACACAAUAUUCCAUCUCAAGUGACUGACCUCAUUUUAAAUGUCAUAUGUGUCAAACUCGUUUUCUUUGCCUGAAUGAAAUUUGAAGCAUUAGAGAGAUGCUGUUCCUUUAAGAGGCUGUUUACAUAAUUUGUUAAAAAAUAUAUAAAAAAGAAUUUUGAUUUAGCACCACAAAUGGCACAUGGGGGAGCAAGUGUGAUGCAAAGGUUUGUAAUUGCAGAUGUGCAUGUAUCAGUUUUAACAUGUUACACUUGGAAGCAUGCAGGAAAUGUUAUCUUUUGAAGAAGAAAGCUUUUUGGUUUAGUAUGACCUCCGUUCACCUCUGCAGCUGAUUUCUAGUGCAAUGUAUGUUUUUUUUUAUUAUGAUAUAAGCCUUUAGAUAACAAGCUUCCCCUUAGUCAAAGAGAUUAUUAAAUCAGAAUUUUGCAUAA